UUUCCACAACAAACGUCUGCUAACCAAGUGAGGUGUCGAAUCUGUUUAAGAAAUGAUGAGUACAGACCUAUAAAUAAUUUUGGGUACAAUGGAAGGAAUAGAUGAGAUCCUUUGCGAUCCUGAAAAUGUGUCGGAGGUGUCGUCUUCAGUGUCAAAGACCAAACUGCAGAGAGCUAGGUCCUUUACGGACGCGAUACGAGAAAAAUAUUGCAAUCAAGAGAAUGACGUUUGGUCUCAGUUUAUUAUCGACAUGACGAUCAGAGGAAAACCCAAAAACAAAGGAAAUAAUGCAGCAGAACUCGGUCAUCUGCGAAAUGUUGUUCUGAACAACCAGCAAGUUGCAGUUGGUGGAAUUCCACACCAAGGUCUCGUGUCUUUGUGUCCAAAUGUCACUGACCUUGACCUUUCAUCAAAUUUGCUUCAGAGUUGGGCGGAAGUGCUACCUAUUCUUUAUAACUUACCUUAUCUCACAUUCUUGAAUCUCAGUCGCAAUCAUAUCACACAGCAGAAGGAGGUGCUGUGGAGAUGGUCAGCUCCUCUGCCUCGACUGGAAAAUGUGGUGCUUAACUCAACUGGUGUGGCCCUGAGGGAAGUGGUGGCACUGGCAAGUCUGAUGCCUGCAUUACGAGAAUUGCACAUAUGUUGUAACUACUAUCAAGACUUGGGUAACAUUGAGGCAGCUAUCAAUGAAGGGGCUUUGGCCAAGCUAGAGUGUUUGCGUUUGAAUGAAAAUAUCAUCACCAGCUGGGCUGAAGUUUGGAAACUGCGUGGUCUUCCUGCCUUAAAACAACUGAUCUUGUCUGAAAAUCCACUGUGUGAUGUUUUCUAUAGCUCUGACUCCAAAGAAGACUUAGCCAUGUUUGACCUUGACAUCUUUGACAAUACAUGUUAUAGUGAUGGAGAAGAUUCCUCAUUUGGCAAAUGUGCCACAAAAGUAGUGCCUGAAGGCAGUUACUGCAGCAAGGCAUUCUUUUCUGAAGCUGAUGGGUCAGUCUCAGCACUGGCAACUUCUGCUGAUAAGGUUGCUCUUGCAAAUGAUGGUGUGCUUAAAGACAGAGUCAUCCUGCAAAAUAUUAACAUGUGUUCCACAGUAAUCACAGACCAGAACAAAACAAAGACUGAAGAGGAACAUGAUCUGAAGCAAGAAGUCCUUUAUCAACAGAAUAAUGCAGCAAGCCAACAAGACAAGAGCAAAUUACAACUGCCUUGCUCCAUACUUAAGUGGCAUCCAUCAGUAGUGUAUGAGCUUUUAGAUGAAAUUGUUUUCAGUGCAUGGCAGCAUGUCAUUGGAGAACAGAAACUUCAUGCCACUGGCAGAUUGAGAAAAAAACCUGCUAUUGACUGUGUCACUAAAGAUGAAGAGAAAACAAAUCAACAAGAAACAAACAGAAUGAAAUUGCAGGCUUCCGGUGUGAUACUAGAUGUGGUAAAUAAUUCUGUUAAUGGCAGACCAACUGAAGCAUACUCCAGUGCAGACCAUAACAAGUGCACAACAAAGCUGAAGUUGUCUCCAUUUGAGAAGUUGGACACUUUGUGUCUGAGUCGGACAUCCAUUUGUGAAGUCAAACACUUGCAGGCUCUUAACCAGUUUCCACAGCUGAAGUCAUUAAAAAUCAUGGAAAUAGCUUUGUUUUCUGACGUGCGACAAGAAGAUAGGCGUAAACUGUUUGUGGCAAGUCUCCCUGGCAUCAAAGUUCUGAAUGGUAGCGAAAUUACACCAACAGAGAGAGAAAAAGCAGAAAGACACUACCUUCGACAUUUUCUGAAUAAUCAAGAAAAAGCCCUUCGCUACAAAGAGCUAGUGGCUAAACAUGGCCCAAUACAGCCUUUGCUUGACAUUGACCUUGGUGUUAGAUUUCAAAAGGAUGCAACACUGACCUUUGUACUUUGUGGAGUGAAAGAAUUUCAGGAAACUGUGAGUGUUUUGCAGCCAGUUGGAAAAUUGAGGACUAUGGUAGCAGAACGUCUAGCCAUCCCAUGGAAAUCUUUCCGUAUGUUUCACUUUGCUUGUGGACCACACCAGCAGGAGCAAGUAUUUGAUGAACUGUUCCUAGAUUCUCUGCCUUUGAGUCGCUUUGAUUUUAUGGAUGGUGAUGAAAUCCAUAUUGAAUUUAUUGAGGAUACAGAAGUGAACCCAGUUGUGAGUUUUUCGAAGAAGGCAAUUUUUAAAACAGACAUUACUUUUUAGGAACUAACAAAUGUUGAACCAGUUAGAAAACUCAUUAAUAGGUUGUGGCUAAUACACAUUAAUUAGUUGGCAUAACAAAAAAUUAUUCACAGGUUCUGAUAACUUUCACUCAUUUAAAUUGGUUCUCUUGCAUUUUCCCUCAUAACGAGAACACUGAAAUGCAAGUUAUAAAGAAGAAGAUAAUUGUAAACUAGAUGACAUCUGUUAGCAGAAGGGCACACACAAUGUAUAUAAUCAUUUUUCAAAUGUAGAUAAAUAGCAGUGCAUGUGCCUUUUUUGUAUAAUGAUAUUCUUACAGUUUAGAUACUAUCUUUUUUCAGUAGGCAACACCUACAUUUAAGCUUAUAGACAAAAGAAGGCUAUUGCCUAAGCAUGAGCAUAACGUUUACCUUGCAAAACACUAUAUUUUCAUAUUGGACACGUUUCUGUCCUAAUUAAAGGCAGCUACACUAUUAAAAUAUCCCAGCUGGAUCUCAUGUUAUACAUAAAAUGCAUGCAUGCAUGCCUUUAUAAUGCAUUGCCUCGGGGUAGUAAUUUUUAACAGCAUCUCAGAAAUAUACAUCUUACAGUUUAUUAAUGUUAUGAAAAGAAAUCAUUUUUAUAAUCAAGACCAGUUAGUGUUAUGUAUCUGGAUUUAAAUAUUGCUUGUUCAAACACAACCUGAGCUUGUAUAAAUAUAGUUGAAAGAAUUUACUGUAAUAAAUAUAGUUAAAAGAAUUUUUUUGUAAUAAAUAUACUUUGUUUAAAUAAUCACAUGGCUUAUUUCCUCACAAAGACAUAAAAAGUAUCAUUAUAAAAAGUGUAAAAAGGAAUCUAGCAUUCCUUCAACUUUUUGUCAUCAGUGGGAAAGUGCUCCUCUGUGACAGACACCAUUUUCUUCUUCUUGUCUGCUGUUUUUCACAUGAAUAAAUCCCAGUUACAUAACUGCAAAAUUUAUCUUAAAAUUUUUAUUGUCUUCUUUUUAUUACCCUCUCUUUGUGUGUGUAUGAGAGAGAGAAAACUAAAAUGAUGCACACUAAAUGGCAGAGUGGAUACAUAUUUUAAUUUUACUGAAAUAUUUUCCACAUGUAUGUGAAUUUUGGCACAGCUACUGUGAGUUAUUCUGUUACUUUCCUUGAUGUGGUUUGUAUAUUUGUUUGUACAUAUUUGCUUUAAGACAUACGACAGUGACCUGUACUUAAUGUGAAAGUUGAUAUGAAUAUUAAUGACAAGGAUGAUUUUUGAGUGAACACCUUGUUUUAUUUGGAUGCAGUAAUGACUUUAAGACAGAUGCAGUACUGGAUUUAAUCUUACUGCUUGCUGAAUUAUAUACUCCUGCAGAUUAAAAAAAAACAGACCCCAGUUGCAACCAUUCAUUCGGAUACUGCAGCAUAGAUAUAAACCUGAAAUUUUUAAUGCACACCUGGAAAUGAAAGAAAAAAAAAUUGUAAGAAAUAAUUGUAAAACACUGGCUACGUUAUAUACAACUUGUCGACUAGAACUUAAAGUGACUAGACUUUUAUACAUAUAUUUUGACAUGCAUUACCUUAUAUGUCUGUGAUAUUGUUACAUAUGUUCUAUUGCAACAGUGCAACAGGUGUGAAUUGUUUAAGCAUAGUAUGUGUUAAGCCUGUAAUAUGUUUAAUGUGUUAAUGGAAAAUAAAUGUUUUUAAAAAAAUCAGUCACACAAAAAAAUAUGAUUAAUGAUAGUGAUAAGAAACAUGUUUUGAGGAAUAUUUUGGUCUUUUCUGCAUACCAACAGACUAAAGAGCAGUGCAUGUUCUAGAGUGUGACAGUUGAUGACAAAAGACAUUAAUUGCAAAAAGUAUAUAUCCAGACAUUGAUGAAUUGCAUAUUUUUUGUGUCCUUCGGAGAUAAAAAUUGAGUGCCUUUUAUAUUUGAUUUAACGAUUUAAUGUUGAGAAUGUUUGAAUAUAUUGAUCUAUGAUCAUAUUAUAAUGUAUAACAUUAUUACAUUUAAACACACGUCAUAGUAGUUUGGUAGUUAGUACACGUGCCUGUGAAGAAGUCCAAGGUCUAAGGCUCAGAACUGGGGAAGGAAAACUUCCCCUACCAACCCAACCAGUUUCAAGAAGAAUCAAGUACCUGAUCUAGCAGAGAGGGUAAAUGCAGCUCUGCUGUCGUCAUGAAUUGCUUGUCUUAGACAUAGUGAUCCAUGCAUAUUCACUGCACUGCUGCCCCUAAGUUUGGGAGUUUGCUUUUUUGUUGUUGUUGGUUUUUUUUUUGUUUUUUUUCAUUUCGUUCUUUGUGCAUGAACGAAGCUCUUUUUGCUUUUGUUUUCAAAGUCUAUAUAUAUUAUGCAAGUUUUAAACUGUCUUAAUGCAUGAAUUUAAAGUUUAUGAACAGUUAAACAGGUUUUUGGCUAGUUCUUUUUUUUGGGGGGGAGGAAGAGUCCUAGACAGGACCACAACAGAUACAUAAAAAUUUGUUCAGUAGUUUUAUUGGGUUUUGUUUUUAAUCAAGCAAUCUGUGAUUUCAUCACUGCAUUAAUCCUUCCCAUGAUAUGUGUAUGAGUAGAUAUCAUAGAACUGAUAAAAUACACACAUGGAGAUGAAACCUUUCUCACACAUUCACAUGCAUAAGCAGUGUCCAAUUGUUGAAAUUGCAUGUACAAUUUUUUUUAACAUUCAUAGUGCUUUUAUCUUUCCAUAUUAAGAUUUGCCUAAACUUCAAAAUAAAGCUUUUUUUACGUGA